CGCCGCUGAGGAGCCGCUGAGGAGCACCGAGAGGCCGGGGAGGGAGAGCUGAGAGCCGGGGCACCAGAGGACCCUCUCCUCGGGGCCUGGCGCUCCCGGGCAGUCCCGCAUCCAGGCUGACGGAGGCUGGCCGCCGGGUCCCCGGGCCCCGUUCCUCUGUCUCCCCGCCGGUUCAGCAUCUGGACCCAGACCAGGUUUAAGUCAUGAGGGCAGGUCUAGAGAGGAGGACGCUGGAGCAGAUUCUUCUCUCAUUAAUGUGUUUAUUGUGUCUUUAGAUUAAUGAGCUGGUUUCAGGGUCCAGUGUGUGUCAGCGGGUCUGGCUGCUGGUCUAGCCGUGGCUCUGGCUCCUGGUCUAGCCGUGGCUCUGGUUUCAUCCUCCGUCCUGGUUUUCCCGGAGUUCCUCCCCCUGCGGCGCGGGGCGGAGUUUCAUACCGGACUAGACGCUCCUUUUGUCGGAUUCGUUUCGACCUGACUCCCCGGGGUUUACGGCUGAAAAAGACCCACUUGGAAAGUCCCCAAAGAACCCGAACCAGCACAGGGGUGUGCAGAAUUGACCCGGGCUCCUGUCUGAACCGGAAGAAGGUGGAGGAGGCGGAGUCUCCUCCCUCACCUGCAGGAUGAACGGCAGCAGCAGCGUCUCGGCGGCUCAGAGCUCCAGGGUCAAAAAUGAACCAGAUGAGUGGAGUAAGGAGGACUGUCUGACCCUGUUGGAGAGGAUCCGGGGUCUCCUGCCGGACUUAGACGGCAUGAAGUAUAAAACCACCGAGUCCCACUUCGACUGGGACAAGGUCUGCUUCGGAGGAUUCAGCGGGGACAUGUGCCGCCAGAAAUGGCAGAAAGUCUCCUCAGAGGUGCGUAAGUACAGGACCAUGACGGAGCUGAUCAUCGACGCCACAGAGUUCGUGAAGAAUCCGUACAAAGGAAAGAAACUGAAGACUCAUCCUGACUUCCCCAAAAAACCUCUGACCCCGUACUUCCGCUUCUUCAUGGAGAAACGAGCCAAAUACGCCAAGAUCCACCCGGAGAUGAGCAACCUGGACCUGACCAAGAUCCUGUCCAAGAAGUACAAGGAGCUGCCCGACAAGAAGAAGCAAAAAUACAUCACGGAGUUUCAGAGAGAGAAGGAGGAGUUUGAGAAGAACAUGGCCCGCUUCAAGGAGAAUCAUCCAGACCUGAUCGAGGAGAGGAAGAAGUCCGACCUACCAGAGACCAAGACCCCCCAACAGCUGUGGUACAACCACGAAAAGAAGGCCUACAUGAAGCUGCACCCCGAGGUGAGCCAGAAGGAGCUGAAGGAGGCCCUGAGGAGGCAGUGGUCCCAGCUGUCCGACAAGAGGAGACUCAAGUGGAUCAGCAAGGCCCUGGAGCUCCAGAAAGACUACGAGGGCAGUAUGAGGGCGUACCAUGAGGCUCAUCCUGAGGUGAACUCGGAGGAUCAUGUUCGCUCCGUCCUCACUAAAGCCGAGCGACAGCUGAAGGACAAGUUCGACGGACGGCCGACCAAACCUCCGCCUAAUGGGUACUCCCUGUACUGCGCGGAGCUGAUGGUGAACAUGAAGGACGUCCCGAGCACCGAGCGGAUGGUUCUGUGCAGCAAACAGUGGAAACUGAUGACGCAGAAAGAGAAGGACAUGUUCCAGAAACGCUGUGAGCAGAAGAAGAAACAGUACGACAUCGACCUGCAGAGGUUUCUGGAGAGUCUCCCUGAGGAGGAACGAGACCGGGUCAUGACAGAGGAGAAACUGGGCGGAGCCAGACUUGGAGGAGGCGUGACCUCCAGCCCACACAGAGCCAAAUCCCCUUCUGUCAAGGAGCGGGGUCGAGAGGCGGAGCCUGAGCAGUGGGUUCCCGCCGGUCCUCUCAAAGAGAGGCGGGACGGGAAGAAGACGGCAAAGCUCCCAGAGACGCCAAAGACAGCGGAGGAGAUGUGGCAGCACAGCGUGAUCGGAGACUACCUGGCUAAAUACAGAAGCGACCGCAGGAAGGCGCAGGCGGGCAUGGAGGCGGCGUGGAAGUCCAUGGAGAAGAAGGAGAAGAUCCCGUGGAUCAAGAAGGCCGCAGAGGACCAGAAGCGUUACGAGGUUCAGUACCAACCCGUGAGGGAGCUGGUGGACAUGCGGUCUCCUGUGGGGGGUCAGACUCAGAGGAAACCGAAGUUCGACGGGGAACCAAAGAAACCUCCGGUGAGCGGGUAUCAGAUGUUCUCCCAGGAGCUGCUGACCAAUGGGGAGCUGAACCACUUCAGCCUGAAGGAGCGGAUGGUGGAGAUCGGGAAGAGGUGGCACAAGCUGAGCCAGACUCAGAAAGACAAGUACAAGAAGCAGGUGGAGGAGCAGCAGGGCGAGUACAAGGCCGAGCUGGAGGCCUGGGUCAAGUCUCUCUCUCCUCAGGACCGAGCCGUCUACAAAGAGUUCUCCUCCUCCAAACGCCGCAGCACCGCCAAAGCCCGCAGCAGCCCGGGCGCCAAGGUCCGAGUGACGGCCAAGGGCAAGGCGGCGAGCUCCAGAGCCGCCACACAAACGGUGGGGGUGGCCAAGAGGGCGAUGGCGUACCGCGCCAAGCAGGACAUGUCUGACUCUGACGAGGAGAAGAGCGACUCGUCUGACUCUGAUGAAGAUGACGAGACGUCGGGGUCCUCAGACAGUGAGGAUGAUGAUGAGAAUGACGAUGAGGAUGACGAGGACGAUGAAGAUCAGAGCUCCUCUGAGGAAUCCAGUGACUCUGACUCGGACUAGCCCCUCCCCUUCCACCUCAUUGGAGAGGACAGGCUGUGCAGGCCACGCCUCCUCUCUUGCCAAUCAUCCUGGCAGACCAAUGAGAAGUGACAUCAGACCGUGGCCACGCUGGCCCCUCCCACUUUCCCUGAGGGGGCGGAGCCUGACAGUGUUUUGUUACUGUGUGUUUGUUUCCGUUUUUAUUGAGUGUUUGUUGGUUUUUAUCAGCCUGAUGUUUCGGAGGGGUGGAGACAUUUGUUUUAUUUUUCUGAGUGAUGGAGGGGGCGGGGUUUGUACAGUUCAACAGAGAGGGAGGGGCGGAGUCUAUCUGUAUGUUAGCGCUGAGGGAGGAGCCAGUGUUCAGCCUCCAAUCAGCCGCCUGCAGGAGAAAAUUAUUAACAAAUAAAUGCACUUUUUCUCA